CUCACCCUCUCAAGCCCCCAGCCAUCAGCAGCCGGCGCGCGAGCGAAAUCCCCAAACCCAAACCCUAAAUCCUCAGCCAUGGGUCGCGUCCGCACGAAAACAGUGAAGAAAUCCUCCCGCCAAGUCAUCGAGCGCUACUACUCGCGGAUGACCCUCGACUUCCACACCAACAAGAAGAUCCUCGAGGAGGUCGCCAUCAUCCCCUCGAAGCGCCUCCGCAACAAGAUCGCCGGGUUCUCGACCCACCUCAUGCGCAGGAUCCAGCGGGGCCCAGUGAGGGGGAUCUCGCUCAAGCUGCAGGAGGAGGAGCGCGAGCGGAGGAUGGACUUCGUCCCCGACGAGUCGGAGAUCAAGGUCGAGCGCAUCGAGGUCGACAAGGAGACGAUGGAGAUGCUCUCGAGUAUCGGGAUGGGGGAUUUGCCUGGAGUCGAGAAGCAGGCUGAGGUCGUCGCCCAGGCGCCGGCCUAUGGAGGACGCGGUGGGUUCGCCGGCGGUCGCAGGAGCUAAAAAGGUGAUUUUUGUUUUUUUCAUUGCUUGUCAUCUAUUUAGGGGGUUUUUUUAUUUAAAAUGUCUGUUUGAAUCUCGGGAGUCUGAGAUGUAGCGUUGUUUUGGUUAUUGCUAAGACUUAUGGAUAGUGAGAUUUUAUUGUUCGUUUUUUUGGAAAAACUUGCAACUUGUUAUAAUAGAUGAUUUUGGUAUUGAGAGAUUUAUCUGUUUGUUUA